CUCAGUCGCCUUUGCGCAUGUGCGGGAGGUGGAGGUGUAAGGGCGCGCUCCUUCAAAAAGACUCUCCGGCGGCAGACACUUGUGGCAAAGCAUACCGUCAGCCAUUUUAGAUGACCCAGGUCGCAUAAGCGAACGCAAAGACUUCCCAGUUAAUUUCGCGCACUCUUCUUCAGUAACUCAACAGUGACAGUGGAAGCAUGGGGAAAAAUCAGAAAAUGGACAUUGGAGGCCCCACCCCCACCUCUCCCGACGAGGAGCCCCCGAGGGACCCCGGUGUGGCCCAGCACCACUCCUACACGAAUGAGGACCUCGAGGGACACCGAGCCCAUUCCAUCUACGUGGGCGUGCAUAUCCCUGGCGCCCAUCGCCGCCGAUCCCGCCACCACCGCCACCACCGCCACCAUCACCGCAGCUCCAACAAGGAAGGCAGUGAGAACAGGCCAGUGUUACCAGUGCUGGAAGAGAACAACCCUGAUGGUUUCGCAUUGACUCCCCCAAGCCAGAGGGUGCAGUUUAUUCUUGGAGAAGAUGAUGAUGGAGAUGGCACACAUGACAGUCAUCCCCUCUUCAGUGAGAUGGAGACCCUUAUUGAGAUGGAAGGAGGAGAAUUGGAGUGGAAGGAAACAGCAAGAUGGAUCAAGUUUGAGGAGGACGUGGAAGAAGGAGGCGAGCGAUGGUCCAAACCUCACGUGGCAACGCUCUCCCUCCACUCACUCUUCGAACUCCGAUCUUUCCUUCUCAAUGGAACUGUCAUCCUCGAUAUGGAUGCCUCAAGUCUGGACACCAUUGCAGAUCUUGUUCUUGACAACAUGAUUAAUCAAGGGCAGCUACCUCUUAAUGGAAGGGAAAAGUUCCGUGAUGCUCUCCUGCGGAGGCAUAAGCAUCUGUAUGAGAAGCAGAAACACAAAGAGAAUGGGAAUAUGUCCCGUCUGCCACUCAUUCGCAGCUUGGCUGAAAUUGGUCGCAAUCAUUCUUCCUCUAAAAUGGAGGAGGGCGGGGCUUCCCCCCAAGCUCCGCCCCCCGCGCCCACGCCUACAUCUCUGGGUGAACCACCCAAAUUUGGACGCUUCUUGAACGUGCCGGGGACUGGUGGUGGUGGUGUUGGUGGUGGUGGUGUUGGUGGAACUACCGAGGGUGGAAACAAUGCCAGUGUCGUCUCCAACCCGGAUGGUGCCAUGGAGACCUCCCCCUCCUCGGGAUCCAUUACCCGAAACCAGAGCGGAAAUAAUUUGGAGUCGGGCAAUGGAGUCAGUGAGCACAAGGGCAAUACCAACUUCAUGAGAAAGAUUCCACCUGGUGCUGAGGCCUCAAACAUCCUGGUGGGUGAAGUUCCCUUCCUUGAAAAACCUGCAACUGCAUUUGUCCGUCUAACCCAAGCAGCAAAUCUUGGGGACUUGACUGAGGUCCCUGUACCUACCAGGUUCCUUUACAUUAUUCUGGGUCCAACUGGUGGUCUUCCAAGAUACCACGAGAUUGGGCGUGCCAUGGCUACGCUCCUCAGUGAUGAAGUUUUCCACGAUGUGGCAUACAAGGCCAAGAACCGCAGCCAUCUCCUGGCUGGCGUUGAUGAGUUCCUUGAUGCUGUCACAGUUCUUCCUCCUGGAGAAUGGGAUCCAGCUAUUAGGAUUGAGCCACCGGCAGCUAUUCCAUCUCAGGAUUCUCGUAAAACUCCAAAGAAGAACGAACCAGAAGAGGUCAUUGAUGAAGAGGAGGAGGAGCAAAAGUUGAGGGAACAGGCAGGUCUUACCCGCACAGGAAGGCUCUUUGGCGGCUUGGUGAAUGACCUCAAGCGGAAGAAGCCUUGGUACUGGAGUGACUUCAAGGAUGGCAUUUCCAUACAGUCCAUUGCCACCUUCUUCUUCUUGUACUUUGCCUGUCUCACACCAAUCAUCACAUUUGGAGGACUGCUUGGAGAAGCCACAGAAAAUCAUAUUGCAGCCAUGGAGUCCCUUGUUGCCGGCUUGAUAUGUGGAGUAGUCUAUGGCUUCUUCUCUGGCCAGCCUCUGACCAUCCUGGGCUCAACUGGACCUGUUCUUGUCUUUGAAACUAUCCUCUAUGACUUUUGCAAAUCUUAUGACUGGGAUUACUUGUCAUUCCGUCUGUGGAUUGGCAUCUGGGUUGGUGCCAUUCUGAUCAUCUUAGUAGCUAUCGAUGCAUCAGCUCUUGUCUGU